CUUGCGCUUCCGGUAGUAUUGUGAAAACAGGCCCUCUCAUUGCAGGAUUCGGUGACUUUUGAAUGGGUCCGUACGUUCAAUUUCGACCUGUCAAACGAUCCCAGCCAUGAGAGAAAAUGGGACGGGAUAGUGAUUUGUGGAAGGAUUAGUACGAAUCUUUUGUGGCCCACCUUUUCCAACUAUUGAAAAAUAUAUAAGGAUCUCAUAGUUCCUCAAUUGAGAAUGAUAAAACCAUAUCUCAUCCUGCUCCACAAGCUUCAAGACCAUUUCAAAAACCCCACAAUGACGAAACUCCCAAUCAUGGCCAAGUCGUUAAUUGUACUCGUUCUUAUACCUGCAGUUCUCUCUUUACCAGCACCUCAGAUUGGUGACUUUGGAGAAAAUACAGGACCUGUAGGCGGGGUUGACCCUCCUACGCCAACAGUGACAGUAGAAUCGGGAUCUCUAUAUGGACCGUCAUCCUUACUUGGAGAACUCGCUUCACCUUCCCAAGUGAGCGGCGGAGAUUCGGCUAUAGUACAGGACUUUCAGCUUGUCAAUGGACAAGAAGCAGAUGCUGAUCUCGGUUUAUAUCUUGAUUUUGACAGUAUUGAGAAACCUCAACCGAUUCGAGGCACAUUUGGCCAAACCGACCCUGGUCCAAGUAAGUUGUCUUCUUAAUAGCAUUGUGUACUCAAAGCUCAGAACAUUUUAGGAACAUUCAACUACGACAGACUAAAUCCCGAUUCUUUUGCCCCUCCGGGGACAGAUUCAGGUGAUGUCCCUCAGGCAAAAUGGCCUCUUGGUCUCAGUAGCAAUCGUCUUGGGACGGGGAAGUUGUCUGGUUGGGCCCGUCAACAAAACGUCGACCAACUCCCGGCAGCAAAAGAAAUGGCAGGGGUAGAUAUGCGUCUCGCUCCUCAUGCAUACAGAGAGCUUCACUGGCACACAGCAAACGAAUGGGCCCUUAUGCUUAAAGGUUCUGUUCGUCUUAGUGCGGUUAAUGAGGAUGGGGAGACUUUCAAUGAUGGCAUCAGUGCUGGGGAUGUUUGGUUUUUCCCAGCAGGUAUACCUCAUUCCAUUCAAGCUCUUGAUGAAGGUUGCGAGUUCUUGAUUGUGUUCGAUGAUGGGUAAGUUCCUCCACUCCUGGUUUUCCGCUUCGAUUGGGGGAUGUAUACACUAAUGCUACCUAUAGCUCUUUCACAGAGGAUGGCACAUUUCUUGUGUCCGAAAUGUUCUUGAGAAAUCCUAAGGAGGUUUUGAGCAAGAACUUACAGACACCUGUUUCGGCUUUUGAUAAUCUUCCUAAAGACCAGCGUUAUAUAUUCCCCGGAACCCCUGCUCCCGCGAACUUCAGUGAACAAAAUGUUACGUCUCCAUACGGAGAACUUCCGGUCAAUGAGUCUUACACAUACCAUUGGUCGCAACAAGCUCCUUUGACUGUUCCAGGAGGAUCUGUCAAGAUAUUGGAUACAACCACAUUCCCCAUUGCAACCGAUUUAGCUGCAGCACUUGUCGUUGUUCAGCCUGGUGCAAUGAGAGAGUUGCACUGGCAUCUGACUAGUGAUGAAUGGAACUACUUCUUACAAGGAAGUGCUCGAAUCACAGUUUACGACGCUCCACAAUCUUCAAGGACCUUCGAUUUCACAGCAGGAGACGUAAGUAUCCAACAACAUUUUCCCCUAAAAAAUACUAGAAAGAACUGACACGUAGGGCCUAGGUUGGCUACAUACCUGCUUCCAAUUCUCACUACAUUGAGAACACGGGUGACACAGAUGUCAUAUUCCUCGAAGUAUUGAAGCAGGGAAAAUUCACGGAUAUCAGUGUUUCACAAUGGCUAGCAUUGACCCCUAAGCAGGUUGUUCAAGAUACGGUAUUUUUUCCUCCUUCCCUGUAUGGAAAAAUGCUGACAGCUUUUCAAGCUUGGCCUCCCUGACGAAACACUUGAUAAUUUACCUAAAAAGAAAACUUUUAUCAAGUAG